AAUCCGCCGGCGCAACAGGACUGUGUAUAUACAUAUCAUAUCGAAACUCUUAAUCCUCACUAAUCUAGCGACCAAUGUGAUAUUAAUCUUCAUAUGAAAUGUAUAUCGCCAAGACUGAGGGUGAAAAUGGAGUUAGAGGUGCUUGGAACCACAUUCUACAUAUGGACAUAGAGAAGCGGGCCUGAUCUAAGUAAACAAUUGUGAAUAUCCACCAUCAAUUCAAUAUGCCUUCCAUCAAAACAGACCGAGAGGGCAAAACUACGUAUGCAGAAGUAUCUGCAAUGAAAUUCAACCUGAAAGAAGAAAGAUGUCUUAAGAAAAAUCUUCAGCUUUUGGACGUCGAGGAGGAUUAUUCCUUGACCUUGAUUAACCUUGACAAUAGAGGGGUCAAGUUGUAUCAACAAAAACUCAAAGACAAAGUCGCUAAAAUAAAGAGCAACUUGACUCCCACAGAAAUCACAGAAUUUCAAAAACUUGAUGAAGCGGGAAAAUUAAAAGGGAUAUUCCCGUCGGUGACUCCAAAUCUCCAAGGACGUAUAACAGCAGAGGCCAAAAGAUUAAACCUUGACCUCCCUGUUAGGCCAAGGACAGCCGUGCCCCUGAAGAGGUCGUCUUCUACAAAUACCCCUCGGCAACCACCGCGGCCAUCUUCGGAAAAACGUCAACUCCCCCGAAGGGAGUCCAUGAAGAAUGGUCUGUCGGAUUUAUCGAAAUUCGAGAAAGAAGGGAUGGAAGGCUCAAAAGGUGCUACAGAGAACGCAGACUCAAGUGUUGUUCCGUCCAAGGUGCAAAUAAAUCAUGUUCCGAGUUCAAAUCAGACAGAUAAACAGAAGACCAAAAAGCUCCCCCCGAGAGGGGACUACCCUACCUUAAGGAGCACUCUUAAAAGACACUCUUCAGAACGGAAGACAAUAAGUGCUACUGCGCAUGUGCGAAAAAAGUUUUUGGACGAUCAUAGACUAAGUAUAGUGAAUGAAGAUCUAAAUCCGACCGAGAAUGGACAAGACUCUUUUGGAGAGCCCAAACAGGAUGAUCAGGCGGUUUCCUCCCUGGAACCAACUGGACCAAACACCCAGACAUGUGACAAAGUGCGGCCAAUCACUCGCCCGGAAUCUAGAAUGGACGUUGUACGUGAUAAUUUGAUUGACAGCACGACCCCCUCCAUUCUUAGCCUGGACAGUGGGUCUGUGUUGGAUCUAGAUAUGGUCGAACCAACAAAGGGCAAGAUGAAGCUGAUGGCGACACGCACAUUUACCGCAGAAGAAGUGAAGGAGCUUAACAAGAGACGGUCGCAUACUGACGUGUCCAUGUCUAGUUGUUAUGACAACAGUACAUCUACAGGACAGAAAUACUCAGCCGGCUCUCAGUCGUCAACACCCACCAAUCAGAUGUGGGAAAACAGCCUGAAUUCACCGCGAAGACAGGCCCGACCACUCACGUCUGCUUCACCACGAACUGAAGCGGGAAAAUUCACGAAUGCCACCCCACGUUCACAAACGGCAAAAGUGUCUAGAACGAGAAGUCUUACGAUGAACUCACCGAAACCCACGGUGCAAAGGUCAAAGUCGUCACUGAGUACCGCCAAGGGUCAAUCCAAGGCCAUGUUUUCCUCGCACGCGCCGACAGAUGGCACGAGUCGCCGGCGAAAAGACGGCAAACACACGACUUUCCUCUCCAACGGAAUAGGCGACGAUCUCGGGAACAACCUACAGGCGGAAAUCCGACAGGAUCUGCUGGAAAAGGAGAGCGAGGUCCGGAGUAUUAUGGAUAAGAAAGUGUCCAAUUAUCUACAUCGACUCGGGCAAUUCUUGGACAAAAAAUAAUUCUUAACGUCAAUGGAACAAUUCGAAGAUCGAAAAUUUUUUAUUUCUAUUUCUUUCGCAAAAUGAAUUUCAACUGUGCCAUUAUUCACUGGCGUUUUGCGAUUGCAAGAAACAUACUAAGUCAUGUAAAUUGAACAUCGCCUUGAUAUUCUUAAAACUUCCUUCGAUUCUAUAUAUGUAUAUAGAUUCUUGACAAUUUGCGGUUAUCGUCCUUUCCCUUACUUAGAACUAGACCAAGUUCAAAUAUCGUGCUGUCUUUUACAGGAAUACAAUGGUUUUUAGAUAUAUCGUUUUUUAAAGAAAAUGUGCUAAAAAGUUACUGAAGAAAUUCAAUUCAUGGAACUGCAAAGUGAAGCACAACUAAUACGUUUUUAAAGGACUUGGUUAUUCUGUUGCCGAACUGCUAAAGUGUACAUGUACACCAAUUAUUGCAACCUUGGAUUUGAAACGAGUUUUAUUUAAACGCUUUUUACAUAUACAUGUUAUAUCUAAUAUAUAAAAGCGAUGUAGAGUACUACUCUACGAGUAACAACCAUUAAUUUCAUGAUGCUUGCAUUUUUUUCAUUAAAACCGAGAAGAUACUACCACAAGGAUAUACCUCAAAUAUAUGAAAAUAUAUAUCUGAGAGUGAAGCUGAAUAAUUGAUUCAAAAUUUGUGACAAGUAAGAUAAAACUUGACGACGGCGUUCAUUAAAUGGUUAAACUUCCAUCGUUUUGAUGAUAGAAAGACAAAAUAACUCUACGUCUGUGAUUGCUUUUGUUACCAGACUGAGUACUUGUGAUUGGACUUUAAACAAGGCAGUUAGUAUACGUAACAUCUGAUAUUUUGUGUGAUAUGCCUAGGAAAUUACUAGUACAUGCAGAACAUUAAUUUCCUACAUUUAUUAUUAAUUAGGUUUUUUUGUGAAUGUGUGUUUUUGACUGCAUGCUUAAUAAUGGAUGUCGAGAUAAAGGUUUCCAAAUAGUUCAAUUGCAAACGACAUGUUAACUGAUUAUUAAAGUAACUACAUGUAAUUAAAUAUUGGUUAGAAAUGUUGCCCCAAAAUGCAAUAAAA